AUGUCAAGAAGUUCUCUUUUGACCAGUUCAGAUGUGGAGUUGGCACCAGUUCCCCCAGUGCCCCACAAAGAAGCUCUCCCCCCUCCACCCACGAUGUUGUCAGGAAAGGUGGAAGGCAGUUUGCAAGAGAGUAUUGGUGGUGUGAAAAUAAAGAAAUUCCCUGUGCAUCCAGGCAGUGGGCCGAGGGCACAGCGAGGUUUGAAAAUAAAAACACACAUAAAACCAAAAUUACUCAAUUCAGAGCUGCAAUCCCCAGCUCCCCCGCUAGAUGGCGCGGCUGCGCCAUUAGUGGGCAUGGGCUGCAGCGGUCCGCUCGCUGUUCAAGCGGAGAGCUGGCGCGCAUGCGCAGUACAUCCCUGGGUUCUGUCUACGAUAAUGCGGGGUUAUCGGUUGCAGUUUGCGGUAAAACCUCCCGUGUUCAACAGUGUGCUGAUGUCAGCCGCAGAGGGGAAAUCUGCUCAGGUUUUAGAGGAAGAAAUAGCCUCUUUAUUAAGAAAAAGGGCAAUUCGAGUUGUGCCGCCGGAGGACAGUCAUCAGGGCUUUUACUCCCGGUACUUUGUAAUUCCCAAGAGAGGGGGAGGUCUCCGCCCCAUUCUGGAUUUGCGGAUCCUCAACAAACACCUCAGAAAAUACAAGUUCAAAAUGCCCACAUUCAAAACGCUGUCACAUUUUAUUCGCGAGAAAGACUGGUUCACUUCGGUCGAUCUGGAAGAUGCGUAUUUCCAUAUAGGCAUCUACCCAUCACACAGGAAAUUCCUCAGGUUUGCCUAUCAGGGCACAGCCUACGAAUUUAUGACUGUUCCGUUCGGGCUCUCACUGGCCCCACGGACGUUUUGCAGAUGUAUAGAAGCGGCACUAUCACCGCUGAGAACAGCAGGUCUCAGAGUGUCGGCUUAUUUGGACGAUCUCCUUCUUUGCUCUCCGUCACGGCAGCAAGCGGAGACGGACACGAAGUCGCUCGUGUCUCAUUUGGUGAGCUUAGGUUUCAAGAUAAACGAGACAAAAAGCUGCCUGGUGCCCACACAGGAAAUAGUUUAUCUAGGCCUCAGACUGAACUCGGAUCAGUAUCAAGCGUUUCUGUCAGAGGAGCGCAUCAGGUCAAUUCGCGGCUGUCUAUCCCUUUUUCAAAAAGGGAGGAAAGUCCCAUUCAGACUGUGUCUGCGCCUUCUGGGGCUAAUGGCCUCAACAGUCUCAGUUAUUCCUUUGGGACUGUUGCGAAUGAGAGAGUUUCAGAAUUGGACAGCGUCAUUGCACUUAUGUCCAAAACGUCACCUCAACCGCAAAGUGAUAGUGUCGGCACUUUGCAUGCGCGCUCUCCGUUACUGGAAAAACCGCUCGUUCCUCGAAUCCGGGACUCCGCUGGGGGCAGUUUCCAUGAGGAAGGUGGUAACGACGGACGUGUCGCUCUCAGGUUGGGGGGCAGUGUGCGAGGGCAGAAUAGCGAAAGGGAAAUGGCCCAUCUCGCUGAGACGUGCACACAUAAAUUACCUGGAACUAUUAACAGUGUUUCUUGCUUUGAAACAUUUUGUGCAGUUUCUGAGGAACCACCACGUUUUGAUCAGAUCAGACAACACGACCACGGUGGCAUAUGUAAACCGCCAAGGGGGCACACGCUCUCCUCAGCUUCACAGUCUGGCACAGAAACUGAUUGUGUGGGGCAGAAAACACUUUCAUUCAUUACGGGCAACGCACGUCCCGGGAAUAAUGAAUGCAGGGGCAGAUCUCCUGUCCAGGGGGAAUCCUCGGUACAGCGAAUGGAGCCUCCACCCUCAGGUAGUGGGCCAGUUGUGGAAGAGAUUCGGCCGCGCGGCCGUAGAUCUCUUCGCAUCGCGCGAAAACAGUCACUGCCCUCUAUUCUUCUCGCUAGCGAGAGACGGUGCGCCUAUGGGUGUGGAUGCCCUAGCGCACCAAUGGCCAAACGUACUGCUUUACGCGUUUCCUCCGCUAAGCCUGAUCAUACCAACUCUAAGAAGGGUAAGAGAGUACGGCCACUCGGUCAUACUGAUUGCCCCAAACUGGCCGGGGAAAGUGUGGCUGGCGGAGAUAAUGCCGCUUUUAUUCGACCAGCCGUGGCCUCUCCCGCUACGCAGAGACCUCCUCUCGCAGGCGCGCGGGGAGAUAUUCCACCCUGCCCCGGACAGGGUUGCUCUUUGGGCUUGGCCCGUGAGAGUUGCAGAUGUGUUAUGUUUUCUGCAAGAACUUUUGGAAAAAGGCAGAGCUUUUUCCACCGUUAAGGUGUAUCUCGCGGCGAUUUCUGCGUGUCAUGUGGGGAUUGACGAUAACACUAUGGGUCGUCACCCGCUUGUAUGCAGGUUUAUGAGAGGUGCACGGCGUUUGAACAGAGUGUCAAGGCCUCUGAUUCCGCCGUGGGACCUGUCUGUGGUCCUUAACGCACUAUCUCGUACACCUUUUGAGCCUAUAGACAGCGGUGAUCUGAAGCUCCUUUCGCUAAAGACCGCAUUAUUAUUGGCUCUUUCAACUGCAAAACGGGUUAGUGAACUUCAUGCUUUGUCGGUUCAUAACUCUUGUAUGCAGUUCACUAUGGAUUACUCGAGAGUGUCUCUCAAAACCAAUCCAGCGUUCGUGCCUAAGGUGAGCGAGUCAGCUCUAGCCUAUAAUCAAGUGGAUUUAAUGGCUUUUCAUCCGCCGCCCUUUUCCUCUCCAGAAGAAGAGCGGCUUCACUGUUUAUGCCCUGUCCGUGCCUUGCGCUGCUAUGUAAACAGAACGAAAGCGCUGCAGAAGAGUAAUCAGUUAUUUGUCUCAUGGGCUGAUUCUCACAGGGGUAAACCUAUUUCUCGCCAGCGCCUGUCCCACUGGAUAGUAGAAGCUAUUAUAGUGGGUUAUAACAGCAUGGGCCUUAGCCCUCCAGAAGGGCUGAGAGCUCAUAGUACCCAAGGGUUGGCCUCCUCGUGGGCGUGGUUUAAGGGCGUUUCAAUUCGAGACAUUUGUGCAGCGGCGAGCUGGGCUUCGCCUCACACGUUUGUCAAGUUUUACAAGCUGGAUGUUACGGAGCCGUCUUUGGCUCAUUCCGUCCUAAGUGUGUAA